AUGUCCGACGCGCUGGUAAACGGCUUGGCGGGGGCGUGCGGCGGAAUUCUCGCGCAACUCGUCACCUACCCGCUGCAAGCGGUGAACACGCGGCAGCAGACGCAACGACGGUUGCUAGCGAGGCAGCAGCGAGACGCCGCGCAUGGCGCCGGCGAAAGCGGCGCUCCGAGUGCGAACGGCGCUGCUGCGGCCGGGACGGGUCAACGGCGCGCUGUGGCGCACAAGAGCACGCAGCAGGAGAUGUGGGAGAUAUUCCAGCGGGAGGGCUUGGCGGGCUUGUACCGGGGGCUGGAGCCAUCUCUCGUGGGCACCGCAUGCUCGCAGGGCGUGUACUAUUUCUUCUACCAGCUAUUCCGCAGCCACGUGGAGCAGCUAGCGGCGGUGCGCAAGGCGCAGGGCGUGGGCAGCGGGCAGGUCACCAUGAUCACAUCGCUGCUCGUUGCUGCACUUGCCGGGUCAGUGAACGUGCUACUGACCAACCCCAUCUGGGUCAUCGUCACUCGCAUGCAGACCCAGACGCAGGGCCUGCCGCCUCCCAUCUACAUCGCUCGUCGCCCAGUCUCCUCCCAGCCCGCCAGUGCAUCACCGCCCACACAUGCUGCUGACGCUGCUGCAGGCGCUGCGAGUGGUGAUACCCGGGGCAAGGAGGCCGCAGUGGCACAGCGGUCAGAGGGAGUGGGCGGGGGGGGAGGGACGCUGGUGAAGAGAACCACAGCAGCAGGCGCAGAGAGGGGUGCAGGGGGUGUUGUGUCGGGACCAGGCUCGGGCACGUGUGAUGCCACAGGCGGGGGUGGCAGUGGCAGUGGUGGUGACUGGGGGGGAGGGGCAAGCGGAGGAGGAGGCGGAGGAGGAGGAGGAGGAGGAGGAGGAGGAGGAGGAGGAGGAGGAGGAGGAGGAGGAGGAGGAGGAGGAGGAGGAGGUGGGGGGAGAGGUGGCGGCGGAGGCAGUGGGAAGGGCGGAGGAGGGGGUGGAGGGAGGUGGGGCGAGGAGGGGAGUGGGGAGGGGCCGCUGCGGGCGCCGGGAGGUGGAGGGCAGCAGCUGGUGGGGCGACCUCAUGGCGUGCUGGAGACGGUAGGUGCUUUGGUGUGA